AUGGCUGAUUUUGACGCGAUAUAUGAGGAAGAAGACGACGAUGAUAGAGUGGAAAUUGAAGACGAUUUAACAAUAAAUGUUCCCGAUCCCAUCGUUUUGAGGGGCGCCGGAAAUGUGACUGUAUUUGGACUGAGCAACAGGUUUGACACUGAGUUCCCGUCUGGACUAGCUGGAAAGGUGGCACCAGAAGAGUUCAAGGCGACCAUAACGCGGAUUAACAAUGUUUUACGGAAGGCGCUGCCGAUGAAUGUCAAGUGGCUAUUCUGUGGCUGCGUAUGCUGCUGCUGUACCCUUGGCUGCUCAUUAUGGCCAGUUAUAUGUCUUAGUAAACGAACAAGGCAUGGCUUAGAAAAAGUUUUAGACUGGGAAAACAGUCAUUUAUAUCAUAAGCUUGGUUUGCACUGGAAAUUAAGCAAGCAGAGGUGUGACACAAGCAGUAUGAUGGAAUAUGUGAUGUUGAUAGAAUUUAUACCCAAAAUUCCAAUAUUUCGACCAGACUAGCACUCCUAUUGUGUUAUUCAAGAGAGACUGACUCUGAGUUGCUUUAUGACAAAGAGGUGUAAAACACUUCGCUACUUUGCUAUUUUGAACAUUUAUGAAGAUAUGUAGAUCUGCUGACUGUGGAACUUAACUUGGCUGAUGCCCUUCAGCUAUGGAAACCUCUAGGCUGCUAUUGUCUCGAAAUGACAAGCCCAUCAGGCCUCUGGCAUAUCUGUCUACAAGAGAUACAUGUAGGGAUCUUGGCUACUUGUCUCAUAGAAGUGUGGUGUCUGGGAUAUCUGUCUACAAGGGAUGGGCCUCGUGGCUACUUGUCUGCAAGACCUGGGCCUCUGGGAUAUCCGUCUACAAGUGAUGGUCCUUAUGGCUACUUGACUACUGGAUAUGGGCUUCUUGGAUAUCUGUCUACAAUGGAUGGGCCUCGUGGCUACUUGUCUACAAGACAUGCGUCUCUGGGAUAUCUGUCUACAAGCGAUGGUCCUUAUGGCUACUUGACUACUGGAUAUGGGCUUCUGGGAUAUCUGCCUACUAGAGAUGGGCCUCAUGGCUACUUGUCUACAAGACAUGGGCCUCUGGGAUAUCUGUCUACAAGCGAUGGUCCUUAUGGCUACUUGACUACUAGAUAUGGGCUUCUGGGAUAUCUGUCUACAGGAUGUGGGCCUCGUGGCUACUUGUCUACAAGACAUGGGCCUCCGGGAUAUCUUUCAUCAAGAUGCGUGGCCUCAUGGCUACUUGUCCAUAAGAGACAAAGCCUUUUCGCAACAUGGCUUCAAGACAUGGAUAAGAAGAGUAAUUUUUUACAAGAGAUGGACCUUUUAGCAACUGUCUACAAAAUUUGCCUUUUGGAUACGUUCUACAAGAGAUUUCCCCUCUUUGCUACUUGUCUACAAUAGAGCCUUAUGGCUACUUAAACAGGCUACUGCUCUCUUUCACAGUGCUUCUUAGCCACUUGUCUGCAUCAGAUGGGCCUCAUGGCUACUUGUCUGCAAGAGGUUGAACCUCAUUUACAAGAAAUUUGCACAAAGUUGCUCAAGGAACCCCGUCAGAAAUUGUACAAAAGUCUUCUUGCAGAAUUGUCUAAAACAGAUUAACCCUCUUGGCAAUUUGUCGACAAAUUGGGGAGGCUCAUUACAUGUAUAUUACGGCGUAAACAUACAAAUGCCUAUGUACGAUGUAGCCUCCUGCUUAUAUGCAAGUAGCCCCAGUUAACAUCUUGGGAGCGGAUGACUAGUGGGCAACUAAUGGAGUCUUUGUCACCCUUGUCCAGGAUCAAGUUUCCUGUUAAAGGUGGAAAAAUCAUGAAAAUUACAUCUUUCAUCUGAUUUUGGCAUCAUUUUUAUGUUUUCUUCUCUUUUAAAUUCACAUUUGACAGAUGAGGCAGAUAGGUCCACGAAAUAUCAGAUCUCGUGCUGUAAGCUCACAAUGAACAUACAGAGCAUGGUGUAUGAAUGUCUGUUUAGAUGAUUUUAAAAAUUUGCUGUCCUGGAAAGACAUGAUGUAAUGAAUGCAUUUAUGUACCACUACAGAGCAUUCAUACUAAGCAUUGUACAUGCAUUUUCAUUGUUGGAAAUCUGUCAGGGGAUGGUUGUUUAUCAUGGGACAGAGUUUAAUUGAGCGUAUCAACUGCUUACCAAAGUUUUCAUCAGGAAAAAGAGAUGUUUUUUUUUUGUACUGUUAUAUUGUGUGAGUGAGUAUUUUGAAAAGGAAGGGUUUGUGUCAUAUGUAUUACCUCAUGCCUCCAAGAUGUCUGCUCUGGUGAGAGUUACAUCAGUGUCCACCAGCGGAAGCUUUCCAUUAUUUAGAGUACACAUUGGUCAUGAAAAGUACAUUAGGAAAUCAAACUGAUUUAAAAAAUUCAUGUAUUCAUGCCAUUUCAAAAAGACAAAAGAUUAUUGGAGCGCAUCAGUUUUUGCUAUACUUGUACACCACAAAGGGAGGCACCUGUUGUUUCAGAAUUAAAAGUGACUGUGGAGAUAUAUGUACUGACGGAUCAUACCAGCAGAGGCUUUGUUGUCAUAAAUUGUUCUCAUUUAUAGUCAUGUGCCCAAGCCUAGCCGAGUUACACAAACUCAAAAUAUAUACAUGUAUACAUAUAUCAAAUAUACAGUUAUGAUGUAGCUUUUGUAUCGGUAAACCACUGGUAGCUGUCUGAUUCCGUGUGUGAAAGAACUAUGGCAUCUGUUUAGUGCAGUUAUAUUUAUUUUUUAGUGUAAUUCUUUGUUGUUAUCAUGUACAUGUUUAUUAAUAAGUGAACGUCUCUAUAAAUAAUAAUAUUGCAGAAGGUUUUUAUCGGCAACAUUCACUCCUCGUGAUAAAGGAACAAUGUACUGAUCGUUACACUUCCCAGGUGUUAAACUUUUGAUAUAUGUUUUGGCGCCCUUAAAGCCACAAAAGAUUAAUGUUUAUGUAGAGUUCUGCCUGUGCUCCAAAAUAAAAAAGUUUAUUAAAUACACACAGAGCCUUCAUAAAGCGUACAUAUUGUAAGGUACGUAUAUAUACGAAACUAUUAAUAUAUACUUACAUGUAGUUUCCACAACAGAAAUGUACAUGUGGAUUUCUUACUAUAUUCCCAAAUAAUAAGAGUUUAAUUUCACGCAGAGCCUUCAUACCGCAUACAUAUUGUAAGGUAUGUGUAACAUUUAAUAUAUUUUUGGUUUCAGCAAAACAUAAAUGUACCUGUACAAGAAUGGCUUUAUACAGCAUAUAUACUGUAAGGGACACUGUAUAUUUAUGCUGAUAGUGAAAUCUAGAGAGAAAUGUGAGCCAGUGUAUGUAAAAAUCCAUGUUCUUAUGUACAUGUUGCAACAGAAACAAAGACAAAUAUCCUCGGAUGUCUGGUUUUUGAAAUGGAAAAUUCCAAGCUGAUCAUUUUGAUUUUUAAUGAAAAAAAAACAACAGGCUUUUAGAAUGUUUAGAAUGUUUCUGUAGUCGAAAAGGAAUUGUCUCUGAAUUUUGAUCUCGUUACUCAUAGGCUUCGAAAUGGGGUUUCCUUUUCAGUUUCAAAACAAAUUGUCUCUAUUUGUCCUUUGAUUAUGCUGUCAGGAUUAUGUGUAUUAAGAUUUUGCUUCCGUCAUAGUGAAAAACGAAUUUUUCCAAUUAAUCCUUUGGUCAUGGGGAUAGAAUCAUUGUUGUGAUUAAGAUUAUAUUUCUCCUAUAGUUCAAAAUGAGUGAUCUCUUUGUUCAUUGAUCAAAGUUGAUCAGGAUUAUUGAUGUCUUAAAAUUGGGCGUCUAUCAUAGUCUUAAACAAAUUGUCUCCAUUAGUCCUUUUGCCAUGCUGACAAAAUUAUUUUUUUAAAAAAUUAUUGCUCUCUUAUAGCCCAAAACGAUGUCUCGCAAAAACAAAUUGUCUUUUCAUUACAAUGAAACAAUCAACAAUGAAGUUUUAGACAGCUUGCCAGCCUUAGCUAAAAGAAAAUUGUCUCAUUAGCACAUCGAAAUUGCUGACAGGUUUAUGGAUGUUGUUUUAAGAAUAUGCUUCUGUUAAUUUAUGAUUGUCAAAAACCAAAAAAAACGAAUUGUCUCUAAUAUGAACUCUUUGAUUAUUAUUGGAGUCCCCAAUACAAAGUCUUUCUUUAGUCUUGUCAUCAAAUUUGAAACAGUCAUCGAUGAAUUUUCAGACAGGUCUUGUCUGUUUGUUUAAAACGAUUUGUCUCUUAUGAGUUGUUUGGUUACAGCAUGUUGGAUAAAAUCUGUGUUGUUUAAAUUGUUAUUUUGGAUUGGGCCCCGGAAGUUAUCUAAUGAACAGUAGGGUUUUUUUCUACUACAUUUUUAUUUUGUACCAGUAUUUGAAAUGGACAACAUGAAUUUGUCAAACUCAAGCGUAAAAUUAAACAAUAGAUUUCAGUUCAACCAAUAUUUUUGAGUGUGUCUCACUAUGCUAUGUGCUUAUUUUUCUCUGAAGAAAAUGAAGUAGGAUGGAUGAGAACAGGGAGUAACUUGGCACAAGGAGAAAUGUAAGCUCUAUAUCGCCACUAUGGUUUAGACAGGAUAACUGCAAACAAGCAAAAAUAAUGUUGUUUUAAUAUUUUGUGCAGAUGGUGCACACAGUUCACAACGUUGAGGUGAGAAUUACAUAAACAUGAACAUGUUUCAUGACCUUUUAUUCAAGGUUUUUAAAGCAUUUUUUUUUUUUUUUUUUACAAUCCAAGCAUAUUACUUUCACUUUGCCAACCUUUAUUGGUUAGAUUUGUCAGUCCCAACUAUGAAGUCACCAGACUUUGGCUUUGAAUUUCUUUCGCCGUAUCGAUUUAGAAAUGUCCUCGGUCAGUUACACUAAAUUCCAGGAUGCAUAUGUUGAUGUAGUUUACUUUGCAUAACACGAGUACUCUACUUCCCGUCUCACUCACUGCAACAAACAGGCCACCAUGACACUACAUAGAAUGCAGUCGACCUGACCCCCACCAAGAAUUUUCCAUUUGUGCUUUUGCAUAUUCUGCCAACUUGACAGGAAGAAGGAUGGUUCAGGGGAAAUCAAAAUGCUCUGAUUUUGCUGAUCAAAUUAAUAACGGGUUUGAAAGUUUAGCUUUACGAAUACAAUGAGCAUGAGUCUGUGUGACUUAAAUGUGUGUAAAUUGACAUAGUUGCUGGAUCUGUACAGUAUGCAAUGUAAAGCACUGGACCAACUUUCACAAAACCUCGCAAAUCAGUUUUUCGUAACUUUAUUUUGUAAAUAAUGUCGCCAUAUGGCACCAUAACUUAGACAACAUCUUUUACAAAAAAGUUAUGAGAAAUAUGACUAAGUUCUGUGAAAGUGGUGUCUCUGGUAUUAACAUGACUCAUUCUGUUGGUGAAAUAUGAAAAUGAAUGUUUGACAAAGAAUCCAUGAUUGUAUGAAGACAUAAUAAAAGACUAUUCAGGCAUUGCAGAUGUAAGUGUACUUGUGGCACUUUUGGAUCAGAAUAGGUUCUUCUGUUGUUUUGAAAUCCAUACAGGUAUUGAUCUUGUACUAAUUAAGGCACAUUUUUUCGAGUCAAAUAUUAUACAAGGUCAUGGGAGUAUCUUAGUAAAGUAUAGUUGCUGUUUUCAUAAACAACAUUAUAGAAGGUAGAUAGUGACUUGAUAUUUGGUUCAUUUAAAAUAACUUUGUAAUAUAAAUGUGUGUGAGAAAUCCCAGAAGUUUAGUUUUUGUGGUAAUUCCAGAUAAAAUUCUGGUUGAUGGUAACAUUCUAGAAAGUACCAUUUUGCACCAGGGUUUGUCUUCACUUGGAAAUUUGGAUAUAGACAUGCAUGUGCAAUGUCUUGCUCGGAAUUUUUGGGGAUACAAUAUUGAGUGUACUCUGUAUUGAAUCACCUGUUGUAAUAAGGGAUUUGCUAAAGAAUUAACUGCAUUUUCAUUGCAGCAGGAUCUAAUAUGCAAAACAGUUGCAACUCUGCAUCAGGUGAAUGUAGUGUGUUUGGGUGUGUCUUCACUGUGUUAUAACAUAGGACGGUGUCUAAGACUUAGAAUAUGAUAGGUUCUAGUAGGGUAAUGGACCGGACAGUUAAAUAAUAAGGGAUAAUUUGUUCUGUCUUCUGUGGAGGUUCUGAAUGUGAAGUGGGAUUAAGAGUCUCUUAAUGCCACGUGUGAAUUAGGCAACAGCAUAUCUGAUCACUAUUAUCCUGAAGCUGUAUAGCACCUGUAAUGGUGCAGCACGAGAUAUAAACAUCGUACAGUUUUUUGUAGUUGUCAUUAAGACAACAGAGUGACGUCUCAGUGCAAAAUGAUAUCCUCAUAUGCUAUCCUUUAACGUUGCAGCAUUCGUGUUUAGAUAAAACCACCAGGAAAAUAAGCCAAGUCAUAGCCUACUGGAGCACGUCCAGGGUAAUUGCGUACAUGUACUUCAUAGCCUAGCAGAUUUUGUCUAGAAUGACUGAUAUUAGCACUAUAUGUGUAUCUUCACUUUUUUUGUUUCGUUCAUUUGUAAACUAGUUUUCUUUUCUUUGUAAAUAUGUUAUCAUGGCUGAGUGUGGAAUCCAGAGUUACAUGUAUAAUUAGUGUGUGGACCAGAGCUGACUGAUGUUGUCUACAUGAUCACUUUCACUUUCACUAUCACCGUGUCAUUGUAUAUCCACAUCCAAGCCAAGUGAUUUGACAAUAAAUUGGUUAUUGUCA